UGAGAGCAAUUUGAAAUGUUUUGCCUUUUUCAGUUCUUAGACUGUAUAACUUCAGGAGCAUCGGGUGGUCUUGGUUUGGAGACAACACGAGCUCUAGCCUUGCAUGGUGUUCAUGUCGUCAUGGCAGUAAGGAAUACUGAUGCUGGUAGGAAUGUUAAAGAGGAAAUACUUAAGGAAAUCCCCACGGCCAAAAUCGAUGUCAUGGAGCUUGAUCUCAGCUCAAUGGCAUCAAUUAGGAAGUUUGCAUCAGAAUAUAACUCAUCUGGUCGACCAUUGCAUAUUCUGAUUAAUAAUGCAGGGGUUAUGGCAACUCCGUUCAUGCUUUCAAAAGACAACAUUGAAAUGCAGUUUGCAACCAAUCAUUUAGAAACCAUGAAAAAGACAACAAGGGAAGGCAACAAAGAAGGAAGGAUCGUGAAUUUAUCAUCCGAGGCUCACCGAUUUGCAUAUACCGAGGGGAUUCGUUUUGACAAGAUUAAUGAUGAAUCAGGAUGGUUAAACACAAUGAUCUUUGGUGCGGGUGUUACCCAUCCGCAACCUUGGGAGGACAGAAUUCUGUCAAUUGCAGCUAAUCCACUGCUUGAAGGCUUCAAUUGGGUCUUGGAUAAUGUGGGUGAGGAGCUACUAUUUAUAGUGAAGGAGUUCUUGUGGAUGAGUGAGGACGUAGGAGACUUGGGUAGAAAUUCCCAGGAAACGAAGAUACUGGUGUGGGACAAGUUGUCGGUCGAAUUUGAUUUUAAGGACAUAUCCCCCGAGGUUAUCACCUACUUAGACAAGACCUUCGCAAAUCGGUACAAAAAUUGGAAAAGUGAUCUUCAUGCGUAUUUUAAGGAAUUUAAUGAUCCACAUACUGCUUGCCUAGAGGGUUGCCCAUCCGAGUUGGAGGACCGGCCAAAGGAUUGGGAAUGGCUCUGCAACCAUUUUACGGACCCAAAUUUUGUGAAAUCUGUUGCUGGCAAGAUAGCUCGGGACUCUAAGACACUUCUACACCAUUCCGGUUUGAAACCCUUUUCGUAUAGGCUUGAGGCACGACGUCAGGAAGGUUCUAAGUUUCUAGAGAUCGAUGUGUUCAAUGAUGUUUACGUUCGACCUGGCAAUGAGACCACUGAGCAGCUUCAUCUGCUAUGGUGGAAAAGGGCUGUUCUCCAAGAAGCAACAUUGCAGCUUCCCCCAGAGACCCCGAUGGAGGACGUCACUAUACCCGAGGAUGUAGGUUUUCAGAUCAUGACUGAGGUCCUAGAUCAAAAGUACGGUCGUCGUCAUGGCAAGGUUGUUUGGGGUAUGGGGAAGGGGCGGGUUCAUGAGACGGGUGCCUCCUUUUCCAGAUCGACCACAGGAGAGGUCAAUCCCCUAAAGGAGGAAGUGACAACCCUAAAAGGUUAGCUUGCAGCCCAGGACGAGCAGAUAAAGGCCCAGAGUGAGCAGAUGAGGGCCCGGAGCGAGCAGAUAAAGGCUGAGAACAAGCAGAUGAGGGGAAUGAGCAGAUGAGGGCCCAUAUGAGUAUGAUUGUACAUGCCUUAGUGAUGUCCGGUCUCCAAAUCCAGCUGCCAGCACCUGAUCUUGCUCCACCUUCGACCUCCCAACCACUUUGCCUACCCGAUACCCAGUAGUCUGAUGUAUAAAACCUAGAAGACUACUUAUUGUAGUUUUUUCUUUUUUUGUUCGGACAUCUUGUA